AUGUCUACACAUGGCGCGACAACAAUACCGCCAUCGGACGGACGGUCGAACCCGAACCCUCCUCGAUCAGCGCUUGAGACGAAGUUUCGGGAAUGGCGGUUCUCUACACUGGAGAGAUCACUCCGCCGCCCCCUCGGAGGGUCUGUUUCUCGGUUCUUCCAGGAUGCUCUCGACUUGGUCAACGGAGACGUGGCCAUAUUGCAAGAAACUAUCACCUGUCUAGGCUCUAAUGGCGGACUUCAACGCAUCACAGAGCUUCUAGCCGUUGAUUUAGAUGGUAGUAGCGAGCACAUCACACAAGUCUUUACAUCACGUAUCUUGCCAUUCUUUCAAGCUAUAACGCACCCUAAUGUGGCAGCCUCAGGCCUUCUGGAGACUCCCAUGUACAAUAUCUACAACGCGAUUUUUGGCCCAUUUGGGCAACGAACCGUGAAGGUUUUCAGCUCUCUAGCGAACAUAUUCGACCUGCUCCCAGUUGAGGCUUUGGAAGCGACAUCGGCCGUAUUAGUCAAGACUGUCGACCUCAAUGGGGCGGCAUCUAUCACGGAAGGUAUCGGUCCAGUCGCUGAAGUUCUCGCUGCUGCUUUGUUCUCACACAACGGGAGUCACGACGAGCGCGUUCUCCGCUCACAGAAGAACGUCGAACGCUUGAAGCGCCGGCUCGGUAUUGGAUCUUCAAUUCCCACAGCUCAACAGCCGAUAUUCGACAAUGUCAAGGCAACUUUUGAUAUUAUACGCGAUCCUCCUGGUUGGCUCUCGGAAAAAGGCCGUAGACACAACAACGACUCAGAAAAUAUUCGAGAUAUCAGUAUCUUGCCCACAUCUGAAGAGAUACUAAGCUCGCGCCUGGAGUAUCUUCCUCCGAUGGAUCCAUCAGAACUACAUCUUCCCGGUGUAGAGGGGUUGCUCGACCGUCAUUUUCGACUCUUGCGUGAGGAUACUAUCGGUCAACUCCGAGACGCGAUCAGGAUCGAGCUACAACGACUUCAGAAUCCAAUGGAAACGCAAGACAAUCGAGGAAGCGGCCAACAGGGCAUCCGAACGCACUCUUAUCCACACUUGGAGCUAUCAGAUCUCAGAUGCGGCCAGCACAACGGUCUGGAGUUUGUCGUCCACUUCAAGCAACCAAAGCAACUGGAGAAGCUGUCUGAGAACGAACGACGUGAGUGGUGGGAGCGCUCUAGGCGUCUUCAAAAGGAUACCCUCGUUUGCAUCGUAAAUGCGAGCGGGUCCGCCAUCUUUUGCAUCAUCGCAGAUAGCUCUCAACGCGACAUAGAGAAAGACGCAACUCAGACAGAAGAGCAGAAGCAAUAUAAAAAGGCGAAGUUGCAACCGCCAUCGGAGACAUUAGCGCGUCACCCUCAGCGUGCCUGUGUGGUUAUGCGUCCGGUCGACACUGACGAUGCGAGUUCAAAGACACUUCUUUGGCAUUAUGCAGACUGUGUCACAGGGCGUAAUAGGCCGCAUGAUCUAUUAGUAGAGUUUCCAGGAGUUCUUCUACCUUCCUUCCAGCCAAUCCUAAAAGCGCUUCAGGCUAUGAGUGAGUCCGCAGAUCUUCCCUUUUCGGAGUUUCUUGCGCCGAACACAAGCGGCUCUCUCCACGUUCCUCCUCCCGUGUAUGCUCAACAACCGGGCUACUAUUUCGAUCUCAGCUGCAUCAUGAACGAUGGGCAGGCUUUGAGAUUGUAUCCUGGAGCUCCAUUUGACGUCAACGUUUUACGAAGUGGAUCCAAGCUUGAUGAUGCCCAGGCAGAUGCUUUAGUAGCAUCCCUGUCCAGACGACUUGCUGCAAUCCAGGGACCUCCAGGGACUGGAAAGAGUUACACGGGCGUAUCCAUCACGAGAGUCCUUCUGGCCAAUAAGCUCAGAGCGAAACUUGGACCGAUCAUUUGUAUAUGCUACACGAACCACGCGCUUGAUCAAAUACUGGAGCACCUCCAUGAGAACGGAGUGACCCAGAUUAUUCGCAUGGGAUCGAGGUCUAAGUCUGAAGUCCUUACACCCCUCAAUCUCCGUAAUGUUGCUUCAAGAAUGGACAAGACAAAAGAGGAGAAGAGGCGAACUUGGGACAUAAUCCGCUGCUUGAAGGAAGAUGUCCACGACUUGGACAAAAUCAUUCAAAAUAUAUCAAGGGUCGGGUCUCCAAAAGGCCUACAGGAGUACCUGAAAUCCAAUCAUUUCCAUCAUUUCAUCGAGCUGUUCGGAGAAGACGCGGAGGGCUACCAGAGAGUCUAUCACGAUGAGAGCCGCGUCAUUCAGGAUUGGCUGAGCGGAAGCAGCGGGUUCACCAGUCCAGUGUUUUCAUAUCAACAUCGGCAAGCUUUGAAAGAUAUUGAAGUACUUCAAGCGAAAUCUUUGUUAUCGAUGUCGCUGCUGGAACGCCAGGCGAUUCAUGCAUACUGGCUCCGGGAUGCUCGGGACAGCCUUGAAGACAAGUUCCUUGCUGCACUAGAGCUCUACCAUGAGCACAAGAAAGAACAUGAUCGUAUACGCAACGAACUAGAUCUGAGAUGUCUUCAGCAAGCUAAUGUAAUCGGUAUUACUACUUCAGGGCUGGCUCGAAAUAUCGAUCUGCUACGGAGACUGCAGGCGAAGGUCUUGAUAUGCGAGGAAGCUGGCGAGGUACUUGAGGCUCACAUUCUGACGGCGUUGCUUCCAUCAGUGCAACACGCCAUCCUGAUCGGAGAUCACCUGCAACUCAGGCCACAAAUUCAGAAUUAUGAGCUUCAACAUGACAACCCACGUGGCGAGCAAUACUCUCUGGAUGUUUCGCUCUUCGAGCGCCUAGUACAGCCAAAGCUAUCGAGAAGCCCCCACCUGCCAUUCAGUACAUUAGAAACCCAGCGGCGCAUGCAUCCUUCAAUAGCUCAACUUAUCCGAGAGCCCCUCUAUCCAUUGCUGAAGGAUGCCGAAUUAGUGAAGGCCUACCCAGAUGUGGCUGGGAUGAAACGAAGAUUAUACUGGCUCGAUCACGAUCAUCACGAGGCUGGCUCAGAUGUGUCUGAUAUUGUGUCGACAUCGCAUUCCAACGAAUUCGAGGUCGAAAUGACCGCAUCUCUAGUUUCGCACCUUUUCCGUCAAGGAGUAUACCAGGCCAACGAUAUUGCCGUGCUGACCCCUUAUUUGGGCCAGCUAAUGAAGAUCCGACGAAGACUCGCUGGAAGAUUUGAAGUUACCUUAGGUGAACGUGACGUAGAUGAGCUUGAAAAAGCGGGAAUUACGAUGAAUGAGGACGAACGACCUGCCAUAGUCAAAACUACCCUCCUGAGUGCCCUGAAGGUGGCCACUAUCGACAACUUUCAAGGCGAAGAGGCCAAAGUUGUGGUAAUAUCACUUGUCCGAUGCAACCCUCAAAACAAGUGCGGCUUCCUGAAAACUUCGAACCGCAUAAACGUUCUACUCUCGCGUGCCAAACACGGCAUGUAUAUCAUCGGAAACUCGCGCACCUCUUCACACGUGCCAAUGUGGUCUGAUGUCACGUCGAUACUCAAGCGCGAUGACAACAUCGGACCUACAUUAAAUCUUUGUUGCCCACGACAUCAGGACACCCCCAUCCGCGUCUCUUCGCCCGAAGACUUCGUCCGAUUCUCUCCUGAGGGCGGCUGCGAUCUGAGAUGUACCCAGAGGCUUUCGUGUGGACAUGCGUGCAUCCAACGAUGUCAUUCAUCUGUACUGCAUGAUGCAGUAAAGUGUUUGGAAGCGUGUACCCGGACAAAACCAGGCUGCCAACAUUUUUGUCCACUGCCGUGUGGCGAGAAAUGUCAUGAUCGAUGCCACAUCAUUCUCAAAGAUCUCGACGUUACUCUUGGUUGUGGUCAUAGAGUAACAUCACUUCCAUGUUGGCAGGCUCAAGACACAAGUACAAUUUCCUGUAACGUCAAAGUUGAUCGCAAGGUUGAAGCCUGUGGUCAUACGGUGCAGGUCAAGUGCCACCAAGACGUAGAUAGCCCCAAGUUCCAAUGCUGCGCUCCUUGCGGCGGCCUUCAAACCUGCGGGCAUCAAUGUCAGAAGCCAUGCUAUCAUUGCAGGACGAAUAACGACGACAACGGACACGGAUUAUGCGGUCAACCCUGCCAUCGAGAUUUCGAGACUUGCAAUCACCGAUGCCAGAAACCUUGCCAUGGCCAGGAGCCGUGCUCGCUUUGCACCCAUCCGUGCGAUGUUCGUUGCAGUCACUCAAAAUGCUCCAAUAUCUGCUCUGAGCCAUGCGCUCCUUGCGCUGAGCCUAGCUGCGCAUCUUGCUGUCCGCAUAGCAAGUGUUCCAUGCCCUGCGCGGCCCCUUGCGACUGGCUUCCUUGCUCAAAGCGGUGCGAAAAGAUAUUAGAAUGCGGGCAUCAAUGUCCCUCAGUGUGCGGUGAAAACUGCCCCGAAAUCAAGUACUGUCAGAUCUGCGCAGCGGAUAGCAUCAAGAACCAGAUCGUGGAUUUCAUCGAAAUGCAGACUUACUCCGAGAUUGACCUCAACGAGGAUCCUUGCAUCUUUCCUCAAUGCAAGCACAUCCUCACCUUGGGCAGUAUGGAUGGACGAAUGGAAUUGGCGGACAGCUACAACUUGGACGGACACGGACUCCCGCUGAGCAUCAAGUCAUCGGAGCCUUUCUCGGACCAACUCAAGAAAGUGCCAACUUGCCCGUCUUGUAGGGGCUCUCUACGCGACAUAUGCCGAUACGGUCGCAUCGUGCGUCGUGCUCUUCUAGAUGAAGGGACGAAGCGAUUUGCGUCAUGGGCCCAAGCCACAUAUAUUCCGCUCGCAGAAGAAUUCCACGCCGCCGAACAACUGCUCACCCUCGCAGAAGACGUCUUUGAAAUACCUAACCAGCCCUUGAAAUGUCUAAAAGGCAAGCGAGGUGUUCAAAUCAAGGACAUCUUCAAUGCCACCAUACGCUCAGGCUGGUACUCCAGUUUCAAGCCCCUUCGACUCAAGCUUCUCAAAUAUCUCCAGAAAGUCCGGAAGGAAGAGACUCCCGUCGAAAAAGUAUGGCACAUGGUGGAGGCUUCCCGCCGACGACAAGGCAAAACCACGCAAGAGUUCGGCUUGGACAGCCAGAUCUCUCUCACUACUUUCCAUAUCAUGGCUGAGAGCCUGCUCUUACGAUGCGAUAUUGCCAUUCUAGCCGACUUCUUGGAACAACUAGACCGGGCUCCAGCCGGCUUUGUGGACACCACAUUUUCUGUUGAUCUGACGGCGAACCGAGAGGACUGUAUUGGGCUCAUCAAUGACGCGAAGACUUCUAAAGAUCUCGAACGCGAAGUAGAAGGCCAUAUAUUCUACGCACGUUACUGCGCCCUCGAACUAUCACGUCGACCACCUGGAAAGUCAGAAUCUCUCAAAGCUGACGGCGAAGCGCACAUCGAACAUGCUCACGGCCUCUGCAAGCGCUACGGAGGCUCACCAAAGGUUGACGCCCUUGUACCGGAAGUGAAGGCCGUCGAGCUUGCGUUGAACGGAGGCACCUUUAUGUCCACCGUCUCCCCGGAAGAACGUCUCGCCGUGCUCGCGGCUAUGAGGAAAGAGUUCUCAGGUACAGGCCACUGGUAUACGUGCGCCAACGGCCAUCCUUUCACCGUCGGUGAGUGUGGUAUGCCUAUGGAGACGGCGACGUGCCCCACUUGCGGUGAAACAAUAGGCGGUCGUAACCACCGACCUGCAGAGGGUGUCCAUCGGGCGGAGGAGCUCGAGAGAGACUUUGCACGGUUGAAUGUGUAAUGCUGGGCGACACUGCUUGGGGAGCCUCAGCGACGUAAAUGGUUGAAAUUGAGACCUAAGAUGUAGAAGUCCUAACUUGACUUCGAUUGGGUGAACUAUCUGCUUCUUUGAGCGCGAGUUCGUUUAUAUACAUGGAGGAGAGAUUCGUUUCAUAGAGCGUACAACGAGAGUUGUAGGAUAAAGCUAUACAA